GAGACUUAGACAAAUAAAUGAAUGGACAAACUAAAAAUUUCCCUCUCAUUUUGUCAAGGUCGGAUCGAUUGAACCACAGUUUAACCGUAGUUGGCCAUUUUUUUAUGAAAAUUAUAACACAGGCAUGUUUGAUAUUUUUUCCAAGUAAAAAGGACAUGUUUGAUGUAAAAAUUAGUUAGAGGCAUGUUUGAUAAAAAUGCAUAAUAUAGAGGCAUAUUAUGCCUGUAACUAUAGGUGUCAAUAGGGCGGGUUCGGGCUGGGUUCAAUCGGGUUCGGGUUCAAACGGGUUGCGGGUUAGUCGGGUUUGGGUUCAAUCGGGUUGCGGGUUAGUCGGGUUGCGGGUUCAUCGGGUUCGGGUUCAAUCGGGUUGCGGUCAAAUUGGGUUGCGGAUUCAUCGGAUUUUGGGUCGGACGGGUUGAGGGCGGAUCGGGUUGCGAGUUGUUCAGGUCAGCGCAUCGAGUAACUUACUCAUUACUCGUUACCAACUUACACAUUUUAUUACACUAGUUUUAGAUAUUUUCUCAACUUUUUAACCAAUUUCUUCCUAGUAUAUAUAUACUUAAUUAAAAAAAACUAGUCAAAAUGUUGAAUCAAUUUGUAUGACUUGCAAACUUGUUAUGUAAUUAAUCGUAAUUUGUAUAGUACACUAGCUUAUAAUAAUGGUGAUAUCAAUAUUUGCAACCAAAAGACACCAUUAAUUGUUUAUUUGAUAUUUUAGUAUUAUUUUAGUAGUAAUUAGAUUAAAAUAUCUUGUUUAGUAUAACCAUGCAAAUCUUGUAUUUGGCAAAAGCAUAGUGAUAAAAGGAGUUAUUUCGAAAUAACUCAUUGUCCAAACAACUUCAGUAAACUGUUGCCAAACAAGUUGACUAUCCUAUACACUUAGCUUUACCCUCAAUCGACAAUAUUGUUGUGACUUCAAUCAUAACUUACUCAAUAACAUAUAUCCUAUACACUUAGCCUUACCCUCAAUCGACAAUAUUAAGUUAGUGUAUGGUGUUGAUCGUAUACUCUAAACCAUCAAUGCAUUAUACACUAACCACAUACCCUGACCAUAUAUCCUUAUGAGUUGUGAUUUUGCUAGUAUAGUUAAUUUAAAUGUGAAAUUCAUACUUUGAUUUUCAAAAAAUAGUUGAAAAAGUGAUAUUUGCUAAUUGAUAUACCCUAACCAUAUAUCUUAUACUCUACACUAUAUACCCUGUACCCUAACCACGUACCAUAAACAUAAAUUAAAAAGGAUCUCCUGCCGUUAAAGGCUUAAAAUGACUUCAAGUGAACAUAUGUUAAUAAAAAACUUAGAACCGUCAAAAUCAUCUAUACCUUAUACCCUAACCAUAUACACCCUAAACCAUCUGUACCUUAUACCCUAACCAUAUAUUUUAUACACUAAACAACGAAUCGUCAAAAAUUACUUAUCAAGUUUAGUAUAAUUGUUGGCUCAUAUUCACCCACCCAUAAAUUUUUCAUUCCAAAGUUCCCACCCAAACCUCCCUCUCAUUUCCCAUUCCAAAGUGACCCGCAAGGCAGCAACUCGAUUAACCAAAAUUUCCAAACCUGCAACCUAACUGAGUUAUUGCAAUCGUAUUACUUAACAUGCCAAGUUUAACCCUCAUUUUGAAACAAAAGUUCAACACGAACACAACUUAAAUGUGCCCAAAUUUUACUAAGCGUUGUAAAAUAAGGAUCAUGUAGUGUUGAAGUUGCAAUAAAUGUAGAAGUAUAGAAAACAAGUAGGCAAAUUAAGUGAUAUGUAAAACAAAUGAUUGUUGUAACUAAUGAUUAAUUUAGUUAUUAGCCCAUAAACAAUUACAUAUAUAUAUUAGCCUUCAAAUCAUAUAAAAAUAAAUUUAGCUAGUCAUGUUCUCCAUAUAAAAAUUAAAUAUUCAUAUUUCAAAGUCUAAAAUUUUGAAAAACCAAAUAGUUGAAAACACCAAAUUUGUUUCCUUCUUUCUUUUCACAAAAACAAAUAAAUUAAAAUACUAAAAUUUCCCUCCUUUCUCUUUACAUAAAUUAGAAACCCUCAAUUUUUCCUCUUCUUUCUCUUCCAUAAAAUUGAAAGAACAAAAUUUACCUCCUCUUUCUCUUCAGUAAAAUUGAAAAAUUAAAUUUUCCUUUUUCUUCCUUCCUUACACAAAAAGUUGAAAAUCAAAAUUUCCCUCUUUAUUUCUCUUUCAUAAUCAAAAAAACCAAACUUUCCCACUUCUUUCUUUUCCCACAAAUCAAAACCUGCAAAAUUCCCCCUUGUUUCUUUUCUCAAAAUUCAAAGAACCAAAUUUCCCUCUUCUUUCUCUUCCCAAAAAGUUGAAUACACCAAAAUUUCCCUCUUUUUUUAAAAGCAUCAAAUUACCAAAUACAUUAUUUUACUUUAUUUAUAUGUAAUUGAUAAUUUUAUUGAAUAGUUAAAUUAACCAAAAUUUUAAUUUAUAUAUUUUAUUAAUAUUGUUCAUGAUCUCAAUUAUUAAUUUUUCAUCAUUAAUAUUGACAUUAUGUUAAUUUUAUAUUUCAUAUUUAAUUUUUUAAUUUUGUUAAAGAACUUAGUGUUCCAUUGAUGUUCAUGUUUUAUUUUUUGUAAUUUUCUUAAAAUACAUAAUAUCACGUAAGUUUCAUAUUUUUUAAAUUCCCUAUACGAAAUGAAAAAAUAAUUUUACUUAAGUUUAGAAUGAAUAACUUUAUUUUGAAAAACUAUGUAUUGUAUAAUAUAAUAAUUAUUCAAGUGGAUUAGGUGAAGUUCGGGUUGAGUCGGUCGGGUUACGGGUUAGUCGGGUUCGGAUCAAUCGGGUUCGAGUUAAUCGGGUUGUGGGUCAAUCGGGUUCGGGUUAAUCGGUUUGCGGGUUAGUAGGGUUGCUGGUCAGUUGGGUUGCGGGUCAAUCAAGUUGCGGGUCGGGCGGGUUACGGGUCGUUGACUUUUAGUCAAUUCAGGUUGCGGUCGGGUUGCGGGUCCAGUUAAUCGGGCCGGGUUCUGUUUUGACACCUAUACCUGUAACCCAAAAAAGUAUCAAACAUGCCCUUUUAUUAUAACUAGUUUUUUUACAUGGCGCAUUGGUUGGAUUACUUUAAAUUACCAACUCGUGGAACGGGAGAUGAAUAAGUUUACAUGUUCCUAACAUCAAUGUAAAAGAAACUCAAUAAAUGCACUCAUUAGUCGAUUUUGGCUACCUGAUGAAAUAUUAAAUUUCAACCAACUAUCACUAAUAGCCAAAAGAUUGUGAAACCGUACCAGAAGUUAUCUUAUUUUGUCAAUAAGCACACCACUCAUCUUCCAAUCGACACGUUUUUCUUCUCCUUGUUCCACCAAUCGGGCAAUCACUGCAGUUUUUCUUGCAAAACCGGUUGAGAUUCACCCAAUCAAACUGCCAUAAGAGAUUUUAUUUCGUUCCCUCAAUUGAGCUAGGGUCUUGAGAUUUCAAGCCUUGUCUGGGAGUUGGGAUAUGGAUUUGGUCAGUUCACUGCUAAUUUCUUGUUACUGCCCUCAUCUCUCUAUUUCUCCUUUCCUUCACUUAGCUCGAAGCGUGGCUGAGAUUGCUUAUAUAAUCUCGUUAAAAUUAACACGGGGAUGCAAAUCUCAACCUCUAGAUACAGUUGAUUUUGUUUAACCAAAGUCUUGUAAUAUCAAAAUGAAGAAAUUGAAGCUUGAUUAAGGGAUAAGAUAAUUUCAGGAAUCAAGCAAUCUAACUCAUUUUAAUUUCAUUAUACUUGUAUCAAUGCAAUUCAUUUGCAAUUGCAUUGAUUUUUUAAUACAAUUCUAAAAAACAUAAACACUUCACUAAUAAAAAUGACAAAUGUUUAAUGAUAAAUUAAUGAUUACAAAAAAAAUCAGAUUUUUUUAUAUUAUCCAAACGUAUCGAAAUACUAAAAAUUAGCCAAAUGUUAACUUCCAGUUAGCAAUUUUAUUAGUAAUAUUGACUUGGCAACAUGAUACUGACUUAGAAGAGACACAUGAGGGUCAGCAUUCCAAAUUUUAGUAUUUAAACUAAGAAAAGAGUUAUAAAAUUAUUAACGAUAACGUAAAAAUGACUAAUAUUUUUAUGCAUUAUAAAAGAUUUGGCUAAUUAAUAGCAUUUUAAUAUGUUUGGAUAAUAUAAAAGAAUUUGAAAAAGAUUUGGAUAAAAAAUAAACAUUACCCAAAAAUAAUUAUGUGGCUUACAACCCAUAAUUGCAUUAGAUGCAAGCUUGCAAAAAUGCAAUUGUAAUCUAAAUCAAUACAAUUGCAUAAUGCAAUUUCAAAAUAUCAACAUGUCAUGAUGCAAGUCUAAAUGCAAUUUCAAUGUGGAUGCUCUUAUUUUGAAGAUAUGAUUUGCAUUAAAAAUAGGGUUGGGUUCCAAUACAAAAUUUCCAUGCCUGCAAAACCUGCAAAAUCGUGAUACGAUUAUACGACACGAUUAUAUUUCGUAUCAUCAUAUCACGAUAUCACGUUGCACACUAUUUGCUCCUAAAAAAAUAUUUUGAAGAUAUGAACACAAUCUCAAAUACUAACCGGGAAAUGGGGAUAGCUAAAAUGAAAAAUAAUCAAAAUGCCACCAUGAUGUGCGCAGAAGAAGGAAGGCAGGAAAAUUACUAAAAUGGGGCAACCAAAAUCAUCAAAAAAUCAUCAAAUACGGUCAAAUCAUGGUUUGAACUACAUGACCUCGGCAAAAUAGAAGGGAAAAUGUCGGUUUUGCCCCUUCCUUUAUUUGUCUAAGUCUUGUUAAAGUGAAAUUAGUAGAAGUAUUAGGCUACACAAAAGAAACAAAAAAGUUUAAGUACAAUUACUAGGGAUAUUUUAGACAUUUGUGCCGCCUUAAGCAAUGUUCGACCUUGGUUGACGGUCUUCGAAUUGAAAUUUUAGCAUAAGCGCAUAUUUGAUCAUCUUUCAAAGUAUAGAGACAUGUUUGAUGUGAAAAAUAGUAUAUGGACAUGUUUAAUAAAAAUGCAUAGUAAAUGGACAUAUUGUACCUAAGGCUAUAACCCUAAACUAACUAGUCACAAGGUAGGAAGCUCACUCAGGUAAUGAUUCACCCAUGCCACUAGUCGGAUUGAUGAUUCUCUAACUUAUUUCACUCUUCAUUCAUAAUGAGGAAAGUCCUUAACAAGCCAUGAAUCUCAAUUAAAGCAUUCAAUGCCCUCUUAAAUACAAUACUUAGAGGGACACUAUCCUCAAGUUCAAUAAGUAAGAGUAAUCAUACAAUCAUCAAAUCAAGCAAACAUAGCUAGGAUUCCUCAAACCCAAGUGAAUGAAAAUUGCUCCAUAAUGACAAUUGCUCCUACAAAAAUGAAACAACAUAUUAGGUCGACCUAAUCCUAUAUAAGGUCGACCUAAAAGUGCAGAUUAGGUCAACCUAAUCCUAUAUAAGGUUGACUAAAAAGUGCAGAUUAGGUCGACCUAAUCCUAUAUGAGGUCGACCUAAAAGUGCAAGUAUGUCACCGUAGCAAAAUCCUAAAUUUCAAGUAUAAGAUUUUGACAUGCAAUAAUCAAAACACUCAAUAAUUAUCUUAUACAAUAUACAUCAAUCAAUAGUCCACUAUAUUUGAACUAACCUUCGAAUAAAAAUCUCGAUGUUUGGAUUAAUCGUUAGUCAAGGUGGUCAAAUUUAUUUAUGUUAUGCAGUAUGCAUGACAAAUUUACAAUUAAAGAACUAUAUUUCAACUAGGGAGAAAAUGACAAGUUGGGGAAUUGCUAGCUCUCUUGCUUGUUCCUUUUGUGUUUGUUCCCUUUGAGACCCGAUUCCAUUUAUUUGCAGAAUGUGUUGGGUAUAAAGAACUAUAUGCAGGGCUGCUGGCUUCUGUUUUUCCCAAAACAACAUCAGGAAGCUGGGAGGAAGAGCUGAAAUGGGCUACUGACACUAUCAGAGGAAAAGAUAUAAAGAUGAAGGUGGCACGAGUGAUUUGGCAGCAUAUCAUUAGCUCCAUUUGGCGUGAGAGAUGUGGGAUUAGGCGAGACAUAGUUUCCCAACUAUGAUUGCUCAAAUUCAGAAGGAUGUUUCAAUGAACUUUAUGGAAGAAGAUGUAGCAGGGUUUUGAUCCAGAUAAAUUGUUGCUUUACUCUUGGCUAUAGGUUAUAGUUUUGUCAUAGCUGAUAGAGGUUAUUAUGUGGUUUAGAUUGGAUUGUUGACUGUGGCUCAGUUGGUAGGGUGUGUUGCCAAACAGUGUUUGGUUUUUUUUAUGAUAUAAAAGCUUGCUCAUUCAUAAAAAAUGUUCCAAAGCCCAUGUAUAAUAAAUAAAAAAGGAAACAAAAUGUAAAGGAAAAUAAAAACUGAACUGCUCCAUUUUAAAAAGGAAAUACGGUUGCCGUGAAAUAAUAAAUACAAAAACAAAAUAAAAAAUGAAUAGAAAGUUGUUGGGAAGAGUUUAUGGAUAAACCCUUUUAUAUUAUUUAGAGAAACUUGAAAUGAUGAAAAACUGCUUCCCAACUCUAUUAUGUUAUAUUUUUUUACGUUGAUGAGGAAUUGAUGGGAUGUAUCGGACUCAAAUUUCAUGGGCACGACACAACUCGGUUUAUAAGUGGAUCAUGUCGAGUUUAAUGUUUUUGAGACCCUAUUGAGUAUAAGGUCAAUAUGACAUAAAAGAACACUUCUUUUAUAAAAGACAAAUAUAAAGAGAAUUAUAAGAUCAAAUAUUAUAAAAUAAAAUUACAAAAAUAAUGUUUAUUGUUGUUAGAAGUGAUCAUAAGUCGUGCUCGGUUCUAACAAAUUUGAAAAAUGGGUUGGUACGACACGACAGAAAAUUGACAGGUUGUACCAAUCCGAUAACACUUAAGUUGGUGUUAUUUAGCCUCAUCUCUUGGAUGUUAACUUACAAAUUAGAGCAUUCAUGGAGUGUUUAAUUAUUGAUUUGGCCUAAAAAUGCUUUCUCUUUGUGUUUUGGUAGCGUUUUGAGUACCAUUUCACGUUUUAAAUGUUUUUGUCAAAGAAACCGAACUCAAGUGUAAGGAAAAUGUGCUAAAAUGGUGAAUAUAAAAGAUCACGGUUAGGGAGCAAAGUUCGCGACCAGAGGUUGGGAAGAGAUCACGACCAAGGUGCAAAGUUUGCAUCCUCUAUUUUAGAUCGUCUGAGCUGCAAACUUGGAGAAGCUGCGGACAAGAGCACAAAAGAUCUCGCGCUCCACCUUGUAGGCCUUCAGGAUUGAGAACGUGAGGAAGAUCAUGGACACAAUUCCUAGUUUCGCGACCGCUAAGUCGAAGCCACAAUCUCUCCCUCCAAGUAGCCAAACACGCCAUCAACUACACUAUCUCAAAAAAGAUCGCAACCACAUUCAAAACUUUGUUGAGAUACUGUAGUGACUAUUAAAGAUGUGAUAGUCAAUGAGGCUGUCACAACUCAUCUUAAUUUGAAUCAAUGAAUAUAGAGAAUUCACUUGAUCUAGAGAGGAUAUUGUAGUGACUAUGAAAGAUGUGAUAGUCAAUAAGACUAUGAUCAUUUUAACAUAUUUUGAAUGUCAUGCUAUUUGAUUCAUCAUAGAUUUCUGAUUAUGCAUUAAGUCUCCGCUUUUUCGAUUUUUUUAUGUGAACUAUACACUCUACCCCUAUACCAGCCGUGGUUAAGGAUGGUAAUGGGCGGGGGUUGGGUGUAUUUGUGUGUAUCAUCUCCAUCUAACAUUAUUCUAUCUAAAAUUUUACAUGUAAAUAUUAAUACAAUACUAAACAGACCUACUAUAUCAUGAACCCAACAAAUAUACAAUCAUUCUUAAGAUGGUUCAAAGCAUAUGAUGCUAAACCAUCCAUUAAUCCACAAGAUAUAGUAUAAUAUUUUUCAAACCAUUAUUAUUUAACUCUAAUGCUUCUACUAAUAACUAACAUAAUCUUCUUAACAAGGGAAAAAUGGAAGAUUUUAACGAGAAUUGAGGGAAAUUAAUUAGAUUUUGAUUUGAGUGGUUACUCAAUUGCAUUUCUACUAUUUAUUUUCUUGAGAUACCCUUACUAUCAUUGAUAUGUUGCAAUUUGAUCAAUACAUUUUUUUAUACGUGAAUAAAUAAAUACAUGCUCUUGAUGGGACCGUUUUACAAAUUUUACCCAUACCCGCCCCAUACCCAUUCAAUUUAGGAAUCUCCCGCGUUGAUUGGGUCUGAGCUGAUUGGACACCCAUAAUUACGGGUUUGAUUGUCAUCUCUAAUCGCGUUCGUGUAUCUAGCUUGCUCACUAAGAAACAAUACAUUAAUUAAUGGUAAACCCCAAGACGAAACCAAAACGCUUAGUUUUGGGUCAAAUAGAUAGCACCUUACUAGUUUUCUUGCUUAUCCACUAAGCCAGCCAAGGCAAAGGCAACACAUAAAAACCCGGGAGGUUGGAUUACGAAGGGACUCUUCAUCAGUUUCACGCCAAAAGCGGCUUACUGGUACGCUUCGGAGAGUGUGUGUCUGUCUAGAGCUCCUUAAAUACCUACCGUCUUUGUUUCUUCUCUCCUUCGUCUCUUCGCGAUCGGCGAGUGUGUGAACAAAUUUGCAGAGGGUUUUUCUUUCCCGUUUGACUCUCUGAUCGUGCGCGGCUCACCGGAACGCGUAGCUUCUCAAAAGGCAAGGCUCUGCAGCUAUGGAGUCAACUCUCGUGGUCAAGGUUCGAUAUGCUGACACAUUGAGGCGGUUCAAUGCUGUUAUUAAGGAGGAUGGACAGCUGGCCCUCAACUUGGAUGGUCUAAGGGCUAAGGUCAUUGCUCUUUUUAGCUUCCCUCCUGAUGCAGUGAUUGGACUUACCUACGUUGAUGAAGACGGGGAUGUUGUGACUCUUGUUGAUGACUCUGAUCUGCAAGAUGUCACCAGGCAAAACCUCAAGUUCUUGAGGGUGGAUGUCAAUCUCAGGACUGAAAAAGGUGCUUCUUCUUAUGCUGCAUCUAGUGGAAGCUCUACCCCCUUCAGAUCUCAUGAAACCCAGAAACCAUCCCCAACUAACUUUGGGUCCAGUGUUGCUGAUGUGCUCAAGACUCUGCAACCUGCUCUGUCUGCUCUACCACCAUCGGUGGCUGAUGCUGUUUCAAAAAUCUCUUCUGAUUUAGCUUCAAAAGCUGCUUCUUCUGGUGCCCAGUUUAAAAUCGAUGUGAAGGAAGCGUCGAAAUCAGCCCAGCAACCUCUGUACGAAGCACUCUCCAAGAUUUCUCUGGACCUGGCUUCUAGUGCCGGUUCUUCUGCUCCGGUGCUGACUGAUCUUGUUGACAACUUGUCAAAGAUUGGGCUCUCCUACAUUAGUACUCCGCAGGAGCCUCAGGCUGCAGUGGCUAAUGCGAUCCCUCAAACCAAGGAUGCAGGUGCUCCAACUGUACAAUCUGCGGUUCCAUGUGCUUCUGGUGAUGGUAGCCUGCCAGAAGAUUUGGCUGGAUACAGUGCCGACACUCAUGGUGUGCCAAGGUCAUCAAAUCCUGUUUCUUCUGCUCAUGUUGAUUUGAAUCUGGACCCUCCUAGUGAUUCCUCUUCAUUAGUAGAGAAUUCUGCACAAAACAAGGCAGCUGAGAAGGAAAUGAAAGAACGGAGUGCUGGGGUUCAGGGUCAUACAGUGAAUCCUGGGGGCAGUUCCUGCCCAUUUAGUGGGGCGGAGCUGUUUGACAGCUCUUAUACACUGCCUCCUCCUUUGCCUACCCAUUUCAAGCCAUCUAAACCGUUUAAGAGGAGCCAUAGCCGCAAGGAUGGCAUGGUUGGGUUGUUCCACCGAGGUGUUCAAUGUGAUGGCUGUGGGAUACAUCCCAUUGCAGGACCCCGUUAUAAAUCAAUGGUAAAGGAAAAUUAUGACUUGUGCUACUCGUGCUUUGCUCAAAUGGGUAACGAAACUGACUAUGUCAAGAUGGAUAAGCCCGUGACUUAUCGACAAUCACGGUCUUUCAGAGGCUCGAAUUGUCCUGCUUCCUCUUGGAUGUUCCCUGUAUCCACAUUCAAGUCUAUACCGAAACAAGGUGUAUCUGUGCAGCCUAGGUUGGACAGUCGCUUUAUUUUAGAUGUGAAUGUUGUUGAUGGUACUGUACUCGCUCCAUCUACUCCAUUUAAAAAAAUCUGGCGACUGCGCAACAAUGGUAAUCUUGUGUGGCCCAUGGGUACUCGGCUUGUGUGGAUUGGAGGAGACAGAUUCAGUCAAACCGAUUCAUCUGUGCUAGAGAUUCCUGCAAAUGGCCUUCCCGUUGAUGCAGAACUUGAUGUUGCUAUUGAUUUUACCUCUCCUGUAUUGCCUGGUCGAUACAUCUCAUACUGGAGAAUGGUUUCACCUGCUGGCACAAAAUUUGGUCAGCGCAUCUGGGUUCUUAUCAAUGUUGAUGCUUCCCUGAAUGUUGCUUCUGGCGCAAGUCUCCAGGGCUUGAACCUCAAUCUACCUCCUGUUUCUGUUGAUGCCUCUGAGUCCCCUGCAGCCACAGUAGAUGCGACAAGCAAGCCUACUGGUUCAGCCUUACCUUCAGAGUUGCUGGUGACGGACAUGUUUGAUCAACAGGCUAAUUCAGAGCAGGAGAAGAAUUUCCCGGUUAAUGAUGCCUUGUUUGUUGGGAAUCGCCCCUCAGCCCCGCAGGUCAAUUCGACCAGCUCUUAUCUGCCCUAUCCUAUGAUAGACCUGUACGAUGCAGCAGCCGGCCCUUCUUCUAGCAUCAACAACCCAAGUGCCCCUGCGGCAAUUGGAACGAACAAGCCAACUGCUGAACAAGAGGGCACGAAGGUGGAAGAUGCUGUCGAGGAGAGCCUUCUGAAGGAAUUGGAGGAAAUGGGGUUCAAGCAGGUGGAUCUGAACAAGGAGAUCCUGCGGAUGAAUGAGUAUGACCUGGACAGGUCGCUGGAUGAUCUCUGUGGUGUUGGCGAGUGGGACCCGAUCCUUGAGGAGCUAAAAGAGAUGGGUUUCUGCGACAAUGAAACGAACAAAAAGCUGUUGAAGAAGAACAAUGGGAGCAUCAAGCGUGUUGUGAUAGACCUCCUCACUGGUGAGAAGUCAUAGUCGGGUGGAGAAGAACCGUGUUUAGAUUAUUUUCUAUGAAAUAUAAGCAUAUAAAUAAGCGGGGAUCUUUUGUUGUUUUGGAACAUGUUGGGUAGCUCUUCGGUUCUUGUUGCGGCUGGCCUUUGCUAGCUCUAGAACCUUUUCGGUCCUAUAGUUGUGAGAACUUUCUUGUUAGGAAUAAAUGGCUCUGGAGUCUGGACUUCUGUUCCGUUGCUACUUGCUAUGUUUACAGAUAUGUAUGAAUGGUGCUUUUUGGUCCAAUGCUUGUUGAAAUCGUAGCUGGCCUGGACGAACCUAUUGGCAGCUGGGAGUUCCAGGUAUAAGCAACGGACGAUUGCUUCUGCUGGACGAACCAAAAGGAAAGCAUUAAUCUAAUGCCUGAUUGCAUUUAUAAGAUGCAUCUCAAAUUUCAAUGAUUUUUACCAAAGUAAAACAGAGUGGUGCAGGUGUAAGGCAAUGAAUGCCACGUUGGCUAAGAAUUUUUAAAACAUGUCAUGGUGUUUGGUCUCCGGAAUUAUUAAAACAUGUCAUGAUGUUAUGGUUUACGUUUAGUCACUCUCCGUUAGUCUCAAUUAAUAUUGUCAGUCAAUUACUUAUGUGGAUAACAAGAAUGUUGACAUGGCAAACAGAAUCGCUUAAUCAGCAUAAUUUAAUCUAAAAAGGUGAAACUUAACCUCCCACGUCACUCAACUCGCCAUGUCAUCUUGCUUGGCCCAACCCAAUCUACUCUUCCCUUCUCGAAUCUGUAACCCUCUUCUUCCGUGACAUUUCCCCAUUCUUUAUUCUAACCUGUCUUCCCCGAUCUUCCCCACCGGUUCCUCUCCCCCACUCCUUCCUCCGAUGAAACAUAACCCGCGGAACAAACCGCUUCCUCUUCCCUGACAUUUUCUCCCAACUGUCUUCCUCAUCCAUUUCUUUGAUAGCUCACCGGCGACAGAGGGAUGGAGCAAUUCCAGUGUGAAACUUUUGGAGAGCUGUGAGAGAUGAGUCCUUCAAACUCCGAAGACCCUUUAUCUUAAUAGGAAAAGAGUAUUUUGUUUUUGUGAUUCUUUGCAAAUAAGGCAGACACUUGGUAAUUUUCUGGUUCAUAGGUUUAAUUGGUUGGUUCGGUUCAAAAAUAGAAAAUGAGUUAUUAUUAAAAAUAAAAAGUGAACAGAAAAGGCCGGUGGCGACAUGAUGAAGGGAGGGGAAGGAUAAACCGGAAUUCGAUUUAUAGGGUUUAAUUAGGUAUGUUAUGUAAAAAUUUGUAGACGGGAAUUGUGGAUGAAAAUUGUGAUAUGUGAAAUUUUUACAUAACAUAUGGAAAUUGAACCAAAUCAUUAGUUCAGGUACCAUAGUGUUUUUUUUUACAUAACCAUUGUUACGGUGUUGGAGCGACAAUUUUGUCGAGGGCAACAAUCAUCCUGUCGCUUGUAGUGAUCAUGUUGCGAUUGAUGACAACCAUAUUCUCGAAAGACAUGUCGAUGGAUUGUUUCAUCUCCCGCAACACUUCCAUGAUGAGUUCAAUCGUGACGGCCCCUUCAAGCUCAUCGAAUCAAACCCAGGCACCUGUGGCUAACCAGAACCGGGCUCUGAUAACAAUUGACACGUGAUAGAAUUCACUCAUCGAAGAUCGGUAAAUUACUUUACUUCUACUCCUAAGCAACUACGAUAAUUACUGGAAUAAUCUUCUUCUCAUUUAUGAAUAAAAACUUAGAGGCAAGGUACAUAUUUAUAGGUCUAAAUAUCUAAUCCCACAAACCCAUUCCUCUUUAGUCAAGGUAACCCAAUUCCAAUAUAAUAAUAAUAAAUAAUAACUUUCUAGACAAGACACUAAUAAUACUAAUCCUAAACAUACAUCAAUAAAAAUAUUCAAAAUAUCCUACAAUUAAUUAAAAGAGAAUAAUACUAAUAAUGAUAAUUAGCCACAUGGGCUAAGGAUUCUUUAAUGCAUCAUAUUGUAAAGUAAAGUAAAGUACUCUUGUAGUUGAUGCUAUGUGGUUAGAGCUUUGACGAAAUGAAAUUGCUUUUCAUCAAGAAAGGAAAUUUGAAUGAAGAUCAUAUAUCACCAGACAAGUAUGAGAAAAAUAUAAAAAACAAGGAGUUUGGAGUUGUUUUUUUGGAUGAUGGUAAAGAGAGAUAAAAUAACAUGUAAUGGGUUGGGGGAAAAUAACUAGAGUACUAUUUAAGUUUGAAAAUUGUGGUAGACAUAUCAUUUAAUUUUGAAUAGAAUGUUGGGUGCCAUUAAAGUCGUCAAAAGGUAUAUCCGUUUAAUUUUCCAUCCAUCCCAAAUUUUCAAUUACCUUUUGGUAGCCAAAACUUUUUAAAACAUCCAAAACUAUAUUUCAACAUGUAUUAACUAAUAUAUAAAUUAGAAAACCUUCUAAACAUAAUAUUACUAGAAUGGCUAAUGAAAAUUUUUCAAUAAAAUAAAUAAAUUAGUAAAAAUAAUACACAAAUAUAAAAAGGAAUACUAAAUGUACUGAAAGAUAAUAAAAAGGAUUUGAAAUAAAUAUUUGAAUAUGUAUUUAAACCCCUAAUACAAGCACCACUAAAAACAUUUAAAUAAUUAAACAUAUUUUAGUACUUGAAAAAAAGAAUACAACUAUAGAAAGAGAAUUAGAAUUAGUAAAUUAGCUAAUAUGGAACAUUUAUAAUAUAAUAUUAGAGAAUUACAAGAAACAUUAACAUGGAAAAUUAGAAAACAUCAUCAUGAUGCAAGAGAACUAAAUAUAACAUACUUAGAUUAUUUUUAUUGAGACAGAAUUCAUAGGAUAUAUUUGCUUUAGGAAAAAAAUUCAAUUAUUAGAACACAUAUGAUUGAAAAUACUUAUAAUGAUAAUUUAUUCUAAUUUUUUUAAAAUUGGUUUCGUAUUAGAUUGUUCAAAAGAGGAUUCCAACCAAAAAAUGAUGUUUUUAAUAAGUCCAAAUGAUUUUUCACAAUUAGAAAAGUAGAAGGACCAAUUCUAAAAAUUUAGAAAAUGAAAUAUUCCUAGAAUAUUCUGUCAACUUUAACGGAAUGCACUUAACAGUAAAUUUAAGUUGUAUCGGGUGCGCAUAUAAUAGAGUUCAGUGGUACCCGACGCUCUAUACAAAGUUAAGUGGUAUGUCUACCCCAUUUCUCAAAAUUAAGUGGUAUUCGAGGUAUUCAUUUGGAGAACGGGACUUAGAGCGUGGAUUCAUUGAAUCCGUAGAUUUUGUAAAAAGUUAUGUUUUUUUUGUUAUUUUUUGUAUUAUGAAUUUUAGAUUUAGAGAUUUCAAAUCUCUAAAAUCUACGGAUACCAAAUCUCUCAUAAUCAGAGAGAUUCUUUAUCUUGAUUCGUGAGAUUUUUUUCUCCUAUUUUUUCUCUUUUUUUAUUUAUUUAUCAUAUUAAAUAUAUUUAUCAACAAAGUUUUUAAUAUUUCUCGAACCACUCUAAUUUUUUAUUAAGGAUAAACAUGUUAUUUAAUAUAAAAUUAAAUUUUUUUAUUUUCAUUGAAUGUUAACAAUUACAAUUACCAAACAAUAAACAUUUUAAAAUCUAUUUUCAACAAUCCGAAGAGUUAGAAUCUUUAGAUUGUUGACAAUUUAUAGAUUUAAAUUCAUAUCCUCUAAACGAGGGUUGACACGGAUGCAAAUAAAGUUUUUGACUAUGCUUAUACUUGUAAUUAUAUAAGAAAACUAAAAUAAUUAUAACUUUUUUUAGAAAUCCAUUUAUACCAUUUCAUUAGGUAUUUGGGAAAAUUAUGCUCAUAGCCUCAUACUAAACCAAGUCAACAUAUGGAUCAAUUUGAGUAAUUGAUAUUUCUUUUCAAAUUUGGUUCUCGAAUUUGGUAAAUUUUCAGUUUUGGUUCGAUCUUGACCAAAAUUGUAAAUUGACCUAAUAACCAGACCGGACCAUAACUAAAUCACUUACCUAUUAUAUUUUCGUUGCAUGAAAGGCAAUUAGACAAGUCAACUUGCAUGAGGUCUAAACCCUAAUGACCUCUACGGCUCUACAUAGUGCACACAUAAGUAACUUGACCUCUUAUAAUUAUGUUUCAUAUAACUCUUCUUAUUGUUACUCUUUACUCGAGCCCUUGCCGGCUUGGACCAUAUAUCUUUCUGCCCACAUCACCUCACUAGAAGGUUUGAAAUGUUUGAGAACUUGAUUGACGAAUAUUUGUUUUUAAUUUAAGUUUGGACCUUCUAUAUCUUCAUUUUAUUUAGCUUUUACUUGUUAGGAUUAUUGUUUAUUUUCUCCUUACAAAAUCAAUGAAUUUAGAAACUCAAAAGACCAUAUAGUUUUAGCGGUUCGGUCAGGACCAAAUCAAUGAAAAAUGAUUCAAUUUUGAUCCUCGAAUUUUGUCUGAGCUGUUGUUAAGCUCUUCUGUACCUGUAACAUUUAAGAGAAUCUUAGUAUGUGCUUUCUGGGAGAAAUGCUGGAAGCUACUCAAAAUCAUGGCUACAGUUAGUAUGAUGAGGAUGGAGUAAAGCAUGUAUAGUAUUAUAUAGUUUGUCGUAGAUGUAUAUUCCUUAGUUAAUAGUUCUUAUAAUAUAGGUAUUUUUCCAUUUACUCUAACAACAAUGUAUACCAAUUACAGUAAGUCUUUAUUUAUUAACAUGGUAUCAGAUCGUGAUUUGUUGCUCAAAUUAAUGUAUAUUGCUUGCUCAAGCGCUAAAAGAACAAGUAGCCAACAUCACCAUCAAACUUUUCAGUAUGAACUUUUUCUUUCAAUGUAGACAUUGUCCUCGAUGAAUCUGCUUCCCUUUCAAAUCCCUAAACUUUGAGUAAGAUUCAUUUGGUGAAAUAACAACAAUAUUUCCCAUUUCUUCCUGCAUCUAAAACCAAGUGAUCAUGAGACACAACAACUUCCUUCAUCUUAUUAGUCCUACCAGCUUCUCUUCCUAAAUCAUCGUACUCAAAGUGAUAACAAUGUCAUCCUGCACCAUACCACUAUGAAGAGCAUAAAGACUAGUAUUUCCCCUAGCAAAAAAUCAGUUGCAAGCACUAGCAUCAAUAAAUUCAAAUGCCACCAUAUCCUGAAUCUGAAUGGCCCCACCUACUUCUCUUUCCUCCUCUAUGGGCCUUGCACAAUCUAUACACCCCCGCAUACACUCUUCCUACGUCCUUCGAACUUGCACUUUGUCCCACCAUCAUGUAGAAUUGAGAAAUUUACCCAUCCAUUUUGUAUUCAAGAAUCACUACCUCUUUCCAACCCCAUGUGACACCAAUAUUGGUGAUGCUAUGGACGCUCUUUUUAUGAACCCCACAUCUUGAAAAACACACUUCUUCCCUCUUCCAUGACCUUUGGAGAAUGACAUGUUACCAUAACUCUCUGAGUGUGCGCUACAACUAUUUAUCACUUUCUUCCUCCAUGUACUUUGCAAAAAUUAUGCUUUUUAGUCUCAUGAGUAUAAUUUGAAGCCGGCCACCUUUUAGGGAUAUGUAGAGACUUGAAAGACAUUCGAAAUAUUCUAUGCAUUUUUCUUUCUGAUAUAUUUUCCUACCGCCAUGGUGGAUGCAAACCCGAAAUAUACCUUUGGCGGAAUGAUCACAACCAUCAUGACUAUAUCUUGAGCAACUAUCGUGAGCGCUACAGAUUUUUGUGGAGGUAUUGAUAACUUUUACUACAAUAAAGCAACUAACGUCAUCAAUCGCCUCUUUGAGCACUGCAGUACAUGGUGCAUCCCUCAACCCCAUCAAUGACAUACUUGUUUCUGAUACUUCCGACCACCACUGUGAGAUAUUGAUCGAUUGGAACCACCUUUAUUAUCCUUCCAUAUCCCUCGACUUGAUUUGCUAUACAACAUGAGCUAAUUAGAGAUUAUUUGGUAUUUCUACAAGAAAUAGAUUAUCUUUCGUCCCAACUAGGUUCAUAAACCUAGCAAUACCAUAAUCAUAAAUCCUUGCUAGCUAGUGUUUUAGCUAGUGCUAAAGGAACAAAUCCUUUUACAAAUAUGAAAAACAAGAAACUUUAAUCUACACCAAUAUCUCAUAAACAGUAACAAAGAAAGCAUGCAUUUUUUGAAUUCUAAGAACAACAUUAUAUAGGGAAAAUAAAUCACAAAUGUUAUGUGGAUAAUUCAAAACCUCACACUCAUUUUCAUGUUUGGUAUGAGUAAAGUCCAUUACUAAAUUUAUAAAAGUCAUGUUAGAUUGGUGUUUUUUCAAUUGGAGGCUUAGCAUGUGAAUUUUAUGAAUAAGCCCUUAAUCGAACU